UGCGAUUUCCAUUCCCUCCCCCAUCCGGCUCCUUUGCCAUCCACCCCUGCGAUUCCUUUCUGGUCUUCAAGCUAGCUCUCUUUCUCUCUCUCUCUCUGUCUGAUCAUACCAUGCCCCGAGUCGGUGGCGGUUGGAAUAAUCCCUUUCGAUCGCAGCAGGACUUCGUCUGGCACAUCUGCAGAGAUACAGCGGACUGUCGACCAAAAUCACAACCUGUAAUGAUCUGAAUCCAAGGCGGAAUUGUCGCUACUCACUAGCUCAGGAUUUCAUCCAGCAGAACUACGUACCGGCAUCAGUCCGUCCGCGCAGCCUACAAUGAAGCUGCACCAAUACAUUCCACUUCUGUAUGUGCUCCUCGCGAUCGCUGUAUAUCCACAACAAUCGAGAUGCGGAAGAAUCCUACUACAUAUACAAGCAGCGCCUUCGCCUCUCGCAAACGAAGGGGGAGAUGCGUUCGAAAAUGUAGACAAUUCUUUGGCCUCAGAGUUCUAUGUCGACAACGAUUGCGUCGGGUCCGAGAAAUCUAGCAGCAUGUACUCAAGGUCCGGAUGGCAGAAUUUUGAAAGGCUUCCUCGAGGUACCACCGUACCUGACAGCAACCCCAGUCCAGUGCAUAACUGAAGAUACAGGGGCUCCAGAUGUAGUACAAUUGCAUUGGAACUUAGUACCAUGAUCAUGGAGAACAUCUCACUUACAGUGUUUGGUCUUCAGAGCUAUGUAGAGCAGUGACCAUGACAUGUAGAAGGUAUGAUCAGGCUUAGAAUUUUAGCCCCAGAUUGAGAUGGUUAUUGUGGAGAUUGUCUUCUCGACGGAUCUCCUCGAGCUUAGCCGCCAUGCAGCGAUUACUGAUUCUUGUGGACCGGGCUGCACAUCAAUUGUCCUAUCACGUCUGGACUGAUCCACAGCGGCCUCUAGCAUGGCAGCUUCCGGAGAAGAGCAUUAACGACUUUGAAGAUCUACUGCAGUUUUCCACGAUGAAAUUGAUUCGAGGUUGGGAAGGGUUCAAGACUUCAACGACACCCUUAUACAUGCAGUGGGGACUGCUUCUAUCAGGCAUGAUGCAGCAUUUAUGGCAUAAAAAUUUCAGGGCGGUUACAGUCAGCUUUCACAUGGACGAGUACAAUUAAAUUGCUGGCAGUGUGACUGCUCUCUUUGCAGCUGAGCGUAGAAAUUCACAGAAGGGUUGAAGGAAAGAGGUGUUAACCCUUAUACAUAAUUGAAAAUCAGAUUUAGUUCAUGAUUUAUUUCCCAUAGGAGUUGCUUCAGACACUAGAGACUCAGCGUUAUAGAGGUAUAACAGAGAGGCACAUCCCUCAUCCUAUUCUUAUUUACACUGACUAUUCAUUAUUCAUUCUAGCGCGU